UCUUUCUUUCUUUCAGCAUUAAUAUAUUCAAGCUUAACAAGCACACUCUGCAGUGAACUAACCCAUCUCCAUCUCCCUCUCUCUCUCUCUCUCUCUCUCUCUCCUCUGAAAAGUUUUGCCAUUUCUAUCUCUGUAGCUUCUCAUUCUGUGCUAGACCUUUCAACUUCACUCUCAUUUUCCAUCCACGAACCAAAACACAGAAAAAAUCUUCCCCCCCCUCCCCCCCCUCUCUCUCUAGAUAUACAUAGAGAGAGAUCACACAUGCAAUAUUCAUGAGUUGGGUGUUGGGCUACCUUGCUGGGGGCGGCGGCCGCAAAUGGGGUGUCUCGUGUCUCAGCUGGCGGCCAAGUUCGCCUUCUUCCCGCCGUCACCGGCGACCUACGCCGUGAAGAACUGCAACGGCGGCAAGCUCGUGGCCGUCUCCACGGCGGGGGCCAUGCCGGUGCCGAUCGGCGACGACGGCUGCCUGGAUGUCCUCUUGCUGGACACCAAGCGAGGGAACAAGAUCGUCGCUUUCUAUCUCCGAAACCCGUGUGCUCGCCUCACUCUGCUCUACUCUCACGGCAAUGCCGCCGAUCUCGGCCAGCUCUACGACCUUUUUGUUCAGCUCAGAGCCAAUCUCAGAGUCAAUGUCAUUGGAUACGAUUAUUCUGGCUAUGGAGCUUCGACAGGCAAGCCAAGUGAAUCCAAUACGUAUGCUGACAUAGAGGCAGUGUAUCAGUGCCUUGAGACAGAAUAUGGCAUUAGCCAGGAAAAUGUAAUUCUGUAUGGGCAAUCGGUUGGAAGUGGACCAACACUACACUUAGCAGCUAAAUUGCCAAGGUUGAGAGGCGUUGUCCUGCAUAGUGCUAUUCUGUCUGGCCUUCGUGUGGUAUGCCAUGUGAAAUUCAGGUGUUGCUUUGACAUUUAUAAGAAUGUAAACAAAAUUCGGAAGGUGAAAUGCCCUGUGUUAGUCAUACAUGGCACAGAAGAUGAUGUUGUAAAUUGGUUACACGGUAAUGGAUUGUGGAAACGAGCGAGAGACCCUUACGAGCCUCUAUGGAUUAAAGGAGGCGGGCACUGCAACUUGGAGCUGUACCCAGAUUACAUCCGCCACCUCUGCAGGUUCAUCCAAGAAAUGGAGAGCAUAACAACAGAAAUCCGACUUAGAAAGAUCAGGCAGAGCCUUCGUCUGCAAAAGCGCUCUUCUAAUACUUCUUCUAACACUGCUAACACCAAUGCUGCUAGCAGGUGCUGUGGGAUCAAAUUCAGCCGACCCAGAUGCCUGCCUCAAUGCUCGAAAGCAAGCUGCGCGAAAUGCUUCUGGUGGCCGAAGUGCCCAGAAUGGAGAUGCAGAUGCCCAGAGUGGCAGUGUAAAUGCUGUGAAUGUCGAUGCAGAUGCAUCAAAUGUUGGAGGCCUGGUUGCGCGCGAUGUUUAUGCUGUUGCUGGCGAUAGUUAGUUGCGGAAAAGUUUGUGUAUAGGUUGCUGAAGUUGCUGACACACAAGAGGAAGUAGUUGCUUGCGAGUUGAAAAGGGAUAGGAAGGAUCUAAUUAUAUGAUUCCUGACACAUUUGCUUUCUUCACAAUCAAUUUGCUGUGUUUAGAAGUUUGUUUUCCUUUUUGUUUUUGCCCAACUACCCAUCUGAUGCUCCAAAAUUUGAUGAUCUGAUGAUCCAAAAUUUGUUGCUUGUGGGUUGUUCUGUAAACCAAUGGCAUACUUGUCCUGGAAAAAAGCUGAAGCAAUGGGUAUUGGAAAAGAAUUGGUGUUGUGGGAAUUCUUCUUCUUUUUUAUGAUGAGAACCCGUAAAUGAUGAUACUCUUCUUUCAAUGUGUACUGGAUAAAUUUUAUGUUAACAUGUUAACUCUCAAAUCAAACUAUUGGGGGAUUGAAAUUGUUUUUG